CUCUCUCUCUCAACAACGUUUACAUUUCUCUGUCUUCUUUCUGCAACAACAACAAAUUCUCAAUCUCUCUUCUCUGCGUUAACUGCAAUUCAUUCUUCUGUGUUUAGUUCUAUUCAUUUUCAUUUCAAUUCAUUCUUAGCUUUUGAUUCAAUGGCGGAAACAAGAGACACCCACAUAGUUGAAAUCCCUGUGGACCAAGAACACAAGCACCACUUGUGUUCCAUGACCACCACCAACAUGUUUGAGGCCAUUGAUGACCACCCUUUAACCGAAAUCUCCGAAAGCCCCGGUCACCUCUUGCUCCUGAAGCUAUGGCAGAGAGAAGAGGAUCUCUUCGCCAAACGCAUUGCGCGCAAAGAAACCAGAAUGGACUCUGUCAAAGCUGAACUCUUCCAACUCUGUUCCUUCUUCUUCAUCUUCCAUGGCUUCUUCUUCACCCUCUUGUUCACUUCCUGGACCAGUGAACAGAACCACCCAGACCAACACCACAGUGUUUGCAAAAAGUGGUGGAUUCCUUCCAUGGUGUCACUUUGCACUUCGCUUGUGUUUGUGUUUCUGGUUCAGGUGAAGGUGCAUGGGUACUGGAAGGUGUGGGAGCAGUUGCAGAGGGAGAGGAAUGAUGGAAGGGCGGUGACGAGGUGUAUUCAGGAGUUGAGGAUGAAAGGGGCGAGUUUUGAUCUUUCUAAGGAGCCUCAGAGUGGGAAGAGGAUGAAGAGCUCAAGUGUUGAGAUCAAAUGGAAGCCAGUUACUUGGUGUUCUCAUAAUUUGCUUACUUUUUGUCUUGUUUACUUUACAGGUUUGGCUUUUCCUGUUUCCAAGUUUGUUCUCUGCGGCUUAUGAUGAUGGUCGAUUGGCUCUUCAGUGAAGCAUGGAUUUGGAAUUGGUUGAGGGACUGAUUGUGCCUCUACCAAGGAAUGAAGCAUUUUUGGUCCGAUAGAUUAGACUAACCCUUUUGAAUCUCAACCUCAAUAAGAGAUCUGCUAUCAAAAUUGGCCUUAGAGUUUGCUGAAAACUUCAAAUUUGGCAAGUCAUGAGGCUGGAGCAGGUGUCAUAAGGACCAUCAUCAUUUUGUUUUUUCUAUACAAGGUUUCUACACAAGGAAGGACUAUAUGGGAGACAGGAGAGACAUCAUCAUUUUGGUUUUUUCUGUACAAGGUUUUCAAGUUCUUAACUCAGAAGAUUUCAUUGAUGAUUGUGUUGCUGGGACUUGAUGAGUAGUUGAUGAGGAUGUCAUUGGGACUGGAGAUUCCUUCAAGAGCCUAAUUCUGUUCUGAAGCAACACACCUCUUGUGUGCUCUUGAUGCCCACAAUUUUGUGAAGUCUGUUAUGCAGUUUACACUGAGAGCUGCUGCAAUUUUGAUGCUACAAUUUUUUGGAAUUUCUCAUGAAAUAAAAGCUACUAUUCAUAUUUAGCACUUGUAUUUCUUUU